AUGGCAAGCCGCAGGGAGGAGUGCGCUCGACACAGCCCGCUGCGAAGAUGGAGGCAGCGGCUGUCAGAGCAGCCAAACACGCCGGGGUGGCGACGACUACCCACAAGAAAAAUAAUCAUAAUGUCUCAAUUCGGGAUUUUAAACAGUUUCGAUCACAAUUUACAAUCAUGGCAGACAUACAAAAACCGGCUACUUCAAUGGUACAUCGCGAACGACAUCGAUGAGACAAAGGAUCCACAUGGAAUAAAGAGGCGGGCUAUUUUAUUGAGCGCACUCAGCGACGGCACAUAUAAACUGGCAGCAGAUUUGGCCUUGCCAAAGGAACUGCAGGUAGUGCCAUUCGAAGACGUUUUGAAGCUUUUGGAUAAUCACUUUACGCCCAAAGUAUGUGGUUUUAGCGAAAGAUACAAUUUUUACGUUGCGACACAAACGGUGGGUGAAACCUACCCACAAUGGGCAGCGAGAUUGCGCGGGCUAACGGCACAUUGCAACUUCCAAGACGUAGAAGAAGCGUUAAGGGAUCGGUUUGUAAUGGGCAUGCUACCGGGACCGGAGCGAGAGAAGCUAUUUGCGCAGGAUCCAAAAAAACUAACUUUAGCGGGAGCGGUGGAGCUGGCGGCGAGCGUACAAAGUGCACGCCAAGGAGCGGCGGCAGCCACGGGGAGCGCGGCUGCGACCGCACCGCACGAACAGCUGUUUAAGAUGAACCAGUCCCCCGAAACCAGCGUCAACCGCGUCAGUAACAACAAAACUCAGUGCACGGUUUGUGGUUAUAAAAACCAUACGUCAUCGCAAUGCAGAUUUGCCAGUUAUAAGUGUAAAAGGUGUAACGUAAAAGGGCAUUUAAGUCGAAUGUGCAAAAAAAUUAACUUUGUGUCACACGUAGGAGAAGUCAUUGAGAGCGCGGAUGAUGACGUGUUCACAGAGUAAAGCAUACCAGGGUACAAACGUACAAGUAUAUAGUCCGGGAGACAAUGUACUUUAUAAAAAAACAAAUGUUAAUAAACAAUUUUCAUGGAAUAGAGGACUAAUUAUAAAAAGAAUCGGAAAAGUUGUUUAUUUAGUUAAGGACCUUGUCACAACAGAGCAAUAUAAAAAACACAAAAAUCAGUUGUUAUUAUACAAAGGUACAGACCACACCACCCACCAUCCAUGGAACUGUCCGAUAGAACCGCUAGAUGUAAUUCCUUCGGUGCCAGGGAAUUACAGGAACCAAGAGGAGACAUCUCACCAUAAUAUUAUGGAAGAAAUCUACCCAUCUGCGCCACAACCUGAUGGGCCACAGCGACAACUUGAAGGGGAAGAAGAUGCGGAUGAAUUCCAUGAGGCAGAGGAAGCGGCAGUCGACGCUGCGAGCGAGGAGAGCGCUCAGCAGCUGCCAGCGCCCCCAACAACGUCAGACAGACCCCUAUUCGAUGGGCGGUUGC